UAGAAAAUGAAUAUUCAAACAAAACGCUUCUACUGCCACAACUGUAGGGGAGAAUUCAGAACACAAGUUUCUGAAGAAAUAAAAUGCACCCACUGUUUGAGCUUUUUCUGUGAAGAAGUUGACACCGAUUUCCCUGAAGAAUCUGAGUAUAAAGAUCAAGAUGAGCCACAAGAAGAGAUUCGUGACAUGUACGACCAGAGGGAUGCGUAUACAGUAGAAGCGAUAGAUCAUCCAAGAUUAGGUGCAGAAGGGUUGAGGCACCGCCAGGAUGAAGGCACCCUGGAUAGCGCUGCAUUUGACUUGAUGUUUAGUAAUUUAGCAGGUAUGCUAAGUGGGGUUAUUGGAGACCAACUUGCUGACCAAGUAGCUCAACAGUCGAUGGAUAAUGUUAUUGACCAGAUUAUGAGAAAUGAUCCUAAUAAUUAUGGAGCUCCACCUGCUUCUAAGGAAGCUAUCCAAGACCUGCAGAGAGGGUCUUAUGAAAGCCUUUCUAAAAAUAUUGAUUGACAGGAUUUCAAGUGAGCAAAUCUUGAAGAAGCUAAAAAUAACUGAGAAGCUAAUGACUGCAGUGUCUGUAAAGAAGAUUUUGAGCCAGAAGAAGGAGAACUAAUUAGAAUGCCAUGCAUGCAUAUCUUUCAUGGAGAUUGUCUCAUGCCAUGGCUCGAGAAACAUAAUUCUUGUCCAACGUGAAGAUUUGAGCUACCAACUGAUGAUGAAGAUUAUGAGCAAAGAAAGAAGGAGAAAUCAGAUCCAUCACCUGUAGAUGAAACAACUGCUUCUAAUCCAUCAUCAGAAGAAGAGAUUGACUCUCCACCAGCCCCUCCAAUCAUGAGACCUCAUUCUUUUAACAUCAGACAUCUAAGAUAAUCAGUUUAUUCAAUAUUUCCACUCUGAGAA